AUGGCGUGGGGUCUCACGGAGAACCACCUUGCCGUGACGAGCUGGGAGGGAGACGUUCACGUCCUCUCUGUCAAUGCUCAGAACAACUCGGUCGCCUCCGUCCAAGCAGCUCACAACCCUCCCAUGAAGAUGCCGCAACCGAUCCUCUGCUCGGCAUGGACGAGGAGCAUGGAGCUCCUGUUGGGAACUUGCGAAGGGAAGCUGCUGGCAUGGGACGUGCAGAAGGGAGCAAACGCCGGGGCUGUGGCUGAGAGAGGACGGCACGAAGGAGGCAUCAAGUUCUGCAAGGCUCUGCACAACGAGGACGGCUGGUCGAUCAACGGCAUCCUGACAGGGUCGUGGGACAAGACGGUGGCGCUGUGGGACGUGCGACAGGGUAGCUUGCAGCCGAUGUCGAAGAUCAAAGUGCCGGGGAAAGUCUACGGGAUGGAUGUCUUGUGCCCGUACUUCCUAGUUGCCGGGAGUGACCGGCUGAUCUCACUGCACGACGUGAGGAACGGGGCCCAGUGCGUCGCUUCCUUCCCCUCCUACUCGCCCCUCAUGUUCCAGACGCGCUCUGCCUGCCUCAUCAGCAACCUCAACAACGGGAUGGAGCCUCAAGGCUUCGCUGUCGGCGGCAUCAACGGCGAGCUGGGUGUCGUCAUGCUGCGCCAGGGAGAGGGCCCCCAGCAGCGCAAGAUCCUCCUCACCCAGCCGGCCAUGGCAGGGCAGCCGCAAAGUUCCGCGCGAGCUGUGAAUGUGGUGACUAGGAUGCCUAAUCACCCGAACCUUGUGGUUGCCGGAGGAGGUGACGGCCGCUUCACCGUUUGGAACGUGGGGCCGGUGGCAGCAGGAGGGCAGAAGGGAUUCUUCGGGGACGGGACGCCUGAGUACAAGUCGGAGGAUCCAAGGAACUCGCUCCCUCCUGCUACGAACCCGGCGAUCCAAGCCAAGGUCUGGCCCUCCAUCUCCUGCCUCUCUUGGAGCCAGAAGCCAAACUCGCCUGCUAUCAUGGCGUUUGCCAACAGUUCUGACUCAAGCGGAGGAGCCCCGGACUACAUGUCUUCGGAUCAACAUGUGGCGAGCCUUGAGAACAUCGUGCGGUUUUGGAUGCUCUGA